AUGGAUGAACCAUUUAGUUUAACAUGGGAGGACUCAUCCACAGUAGUUCAAACAGAAGAGGUUAUUUGUGGCAUAGAGAAUGAGAUCCUUCCAUCUGAAAGUGAAGAAUUUACAGAUCUUCAAGAAGAAACUGUUACAGAGGAAAUUGUAACUGAGUUGAAACAUGAGGUGAUUGAGUUAGUUGAUGAUGAAUGCAUACCUGACAUUCAAGAAACCCAAGAAAUACAAGAGGACAAUGUUGAUAAUCUCAUGUACCUAGACGAAAAUGUCCUUGUGGUAAAUAACCAGUCAGAACAGUUAUUGGACUGUCAAAUGACUGAAGAUAUCAUUACUUGCGCUGAAGAAAUUGUUGAUGGUUCUCACGAAGGAGUUGGAAUUGAAGAAGUAAGCGAAGAAUACCUCGACAUACCGCUGACCACCGACCAAGAUGAGUAUUCAGCCGCACGGCCCCAUCCAUGUGAAUUUUGUAACAGGAGGUUUAGGAAAAAGGCCAAUUUAAUGAACCAUAUGGUGGCACACCAAACAGACCGGCCACAUGGUUGUAAUUUAUGCGGAGCACGGUACAUUCGAAAAUGUGAUUUAAUGAAUCAUUUAAAGACACAUGCAUACAUCCCAGACGUAGACGGCUUAGAAGAUGAAAAUGCCCAAACUGUAGAUGAAUUAGAUGACAGCGUGGAAAAGAAAAAAAAGAUGAAACAAUUAGUCAAAAAGAAAAAGAAAAAAGUAAAAGAAGAGUAUGACCAAUUUGAAGAUAAUAUUGCAGCUUCAAGUUCCCGUACUUUUAAUUAUGUGGAAGAAGAUGUAAAGAUGAUGGAACAAAUGACCAACAAUAUCAAGCAAGACUAUGAUUAUAUGCCUCAGGAAGAAAUUCAACAACCUACAGAAAUACGAUAUCCGGUCAUAGAUCCGAAAAAACCUUUCGUUUGUCAGCACUGCGGGGUAGGAUUUGCAAGAGAAAAGGCCAUGAUAUCUCAUAUUAGGUUGCAUGCAGAAGGAGACAGUCCAUUUGAAUGUCAAAAGUGCGGGGAAAUGUAUUGGGAUAUGAUGCAAAUGAAAGACCAUAUUAAGGAAAAGCACGGUGAUGUCGACGAUUAUGAAGAUGACGAUGACGAAGACUAUUCUGAAGAGGAGACAAAGUAUGGAACUUAUUAUUGUUCAACUUGUGGUUUAUCGUUUCAUAGACAAGACAAUCUUCGCAGACACCAAAGGAUUCACGUGAAGGACGAAUUCGGUCACAUAUGUAACGUAUGUGGAGAAUCUUUCCAAGAAGCGUUAGAUUUACUGGCUCAUGCGGAAGUACAUGCCAGAAUACUUGAGUACAAAUGUAUGAUAUGUGGAGAAAAUGCCGAAGAGGAGAAUUUAUUAGCGGUUCAUGUUCAAGCUAAACAUGGAAAAAAUCUACCUCCCCAUAGCUGUAUGUUGUGCGGUCGAUCGUGUAAGGAUCGACGAACGUUACUUAAACAUACGUGGGAACAUUCGAAAGAAAAGAUGUUUGCAUGUACGAAAUGCGACAAAACUUUCCACAGUAAAGCUCGUCUCAAACGGCACAUGUUUUCCCAUAGAAAUAAAGUCGUAACCUGUGAUGUCUGUGGUGAGGAGUUUUCCGACGGCAGGACGUUAAUGAAUCACAGGCAUAGUCAUAGUAGUGUUUCCGGUAGACAGUUUCCAUGUAGAGAAUGCGGGAAGACUUUUGGAUCCAGGAGUUCACAACAAAUACAUAUUAGGAUACACACAGGAGAACGACCAUAUGGGUGUAAGUAUUGUUGGAAAGCAUUCGCAGAUGGAGGAACUCUUCGAAAACACGAACGCAUUCACACCGGAGAGAAGCCUUAUGCUUGCGCAGUUUGUCCAAGAGCGUUCAAUCAACGAGUUGUGUUACGAGAGCACAUACGAUCGCAUCAUUCGGGACCAGACCCAAAGUAUUCCAAUAGUAUGACUCCUUUUUGUUGUUCAGUAUGUUCCGAUAUGUUCGCCACAUCUCAGGAUUUAAUUUUACAUUUAAUUCACCAUUGCGAUAUGAACACUGCAAUGAAACGUCAACCACAGAUUGGUCCUAGAAAAUACAAACGAAGGAGAAAAUUAAAGCCUCACGAAUUGGAGCUGAUGUCCAAUAGAAUAGAGGAUGGAGAAAACGAACAGUCUGAAGAUUUGGGAGACAACUUCACUGAUUCCGAAGAAGAAAAGGAACGGAAAAGAAGAUACACUCGCCGACAACCAACUAAAAAGCCACAAUCACCAGAAUCUCCCAAGGAAUCCGUCUCAGAUUCGUUUGCGGAGUUGUAUAAUAGUGUUUCUUCAACAAUAGAAAAUAUCAACUCAUUGGUGAAUUCAAAAUCAUCGCCGAAAAGCAAACAAAUCAAGAAACUGAAAUCUGACCAACCAAUCAGUAGUAGACCAAAAAUGAUCCAUACCCAAAAAACGCGGGUUCCAGUCGAGGCCGGGGAAGAUGGGCGCAUCAGGCAUAAAACGAAAACGUUAGUCACCAGAACUCAGCCCACUGAGAUCAAAGCGACAACCGGUGAGAGAGUUCGACCUCGAACGAAAAACGUCAACUACCAUAUCCUCCAAGAAAAACUACCUCGAGCCACUUUUGAGGAACCUCCAAAAGAUCCAACUCAAGAGGCAGUUGAUAAUCUUCUAAAACAAGAGAAUGUUUUUGUGGACCCAGACCCAGAACAAGAACAUUUAGAUCAACAUUCUCAACCGAAUAAUGGCAUCAUUUAUAUGGACCAGUUCGAAGAACCACCAGAAGUUGCAUCUGAACAAACCAUAGAAAGCGAAUCGCCCUCGACGGUUGAAAUAAAAAUGAUGACAAGGUCAAGGACGAAUAGUAAUAGCUUGAAACCCGGCAGGCACAUCAUAGGUCCGGGAAGUAAAGUACGAAUGGUAAAGGAAGGCAUGAUAAUCUCCAAAAACCGUAACAAGAAAUCUGAAUCCGAGAACGAAUUUCCUGCCGAUUCUCCUCCACUUCUACAGCACAUCAAGCAGGAAGAUCCUAGUCCAUUGCACGAACUGGCCGAAAUUUCCAUGCAACAUGCAAAUGCCAAUGCCCAGAAUCUCUUUAAGUGCGAAAUGUGCAGUGAAGUAUUCACUGAUAGGGCUCAAUUACUUGUUCACGUGCCCAUACAUAUUUGA